AGCUGUCCUGAGAAAUGCUUUAAGCUCGCUGAGUAAUAGGAGUCAGUGCCUGCUGUUACCAUAGAAAUCAGAUCAGCUGCCAGGGGUGGGGAGUCCUUGUCCCUUGGCUCCACUGCUGCAUGGUUCCAGCAUGAGCUCACGGUGGAAGGGAACCUGAUUUCUUACUCCUUGUCCCGUCGAGAUCAGAGAAGGUCAGGCAGCUCUUUCAGCCCUCACUGUAGGGCAGGGAAUAAUUUUGCUUGUGUCUUUGCUUGGCUGCAGUGGUCAGGCCCUGUGUGUCUGAUGUGGUGUUUUGGUGGUCCACAGCCAGUAUAUGUCACGCUCUUUCAUAAUUUGGGAAACAUUGCAUUUGAUUAGCAAUAGCUCCCAGCCCUUUUGGCGCCCCAAAGAGGUGAAAACUAGUUGAAAUCUGGUGAGUAGCAGACAAGGGAGGACAGGAAGUAAUAAGCUUGGAGUGAUCCAGAGGAAAAGGGCAAACACUGAAUAUCCAAUUUCCUGUGCUCAUUAAAACGCAUCCCCAAGCUUGGUCACAAGUACAGACCUGAGCAUGGAUGUGACACUUUCAAGUGCUCAGUCUCUCACAGGUUUUGUCCUCUGUGCUUACAUCUGAGUAACUGUUGCAUUGUUUUCUUUGGAUAAAGAGACACAUUCAAACUCUAGGAAUGGAGGAUGCAAAACAUCAUUGCCCCCUCUCAGUUCUGCUAAAGAAAAUAGCUUUACUCUGAAUAUACUUUUCACACAAAGGCAUUGUGCCUCCUCAGAUCAUCUUUGAACCCUUUGGUCUCCUCAUAACACGAAAUAAGCACAAGCCUCUCUGUGAAACAGUGUUACAGAGACUCUUGCGAGUGCAAGGUGUCAUUUGGUUUUUCUACAGUUCCGCUUGGCUUGGUGCUUGUUGACCACUGAAUUAGUGUCCAUGUGGUCUGUGUGAGCAAUCCAGAUCUUCAAAGUUGUCCUUUCCAAUGUUUCCUUACUUCCAGGACCCUGACUUCAGAGGAUAACAGCUGUUUCCCCAGGGUUGUCCCUAAGAAUUGGUUCCCUUAGGAGGUGCUGUAUGCUAUACUAGUUCAGUUCUGGCUUUGACUCAUCUUCUGCUCCAGGCACUGCAAAAUAAACUGUGGUAUUUGGGGACCAUGGCUACAGACCCACUCUCGGAGCUUCAGGAUGACCUGAACUUGGAUGAUACCAACCAGUCCCUCAGCCAGCUCAAACUGGCUUCCAUAGAUGAUAACUGGCCAGCAGAUGAAGCCCCUGCUUUUCCCAAAUCCGAGGACUCCAAAGGCUCCCCUGAGCCCGUCACUCACCUGCAAUGGGAUGAUCCCUACUAUGAUAUUGCCAGGCACCACAUUGUGGAAGUAGCAGACCAGGGUGCACUUGAUGGGGCCCAACCAGGUGAUGACAAAUAUGGAAGAAAAGUAGUUUUGUUCAGUGCCUGCCGGAUGCCCCCAAGUCAUCAGCUAGACCACGUGAAACUGCUGGGGUACCUGAAAUUCACACUGGACCAGUAUGUGGAGAGUGAUUACACACUGGUGUACCUGCACCAUGGCCUGACCAGUGAGAACAAGCCAUCCCUGAGCUGGCUGCGGGAUGCCUACAGGGAGUUUGAUCGCAAGUACAAGAAGAACAUCAAAGCCUUGUAUAUUGUGCACCCAACCAUGUUCAUCAAGACCCUGCUGAUUCUCUUUAAGCCUCUGAUCAGCUUUAAAUUUGGACGGAAGAUUUUUUAUGUGAAUUACCUUAGUGAGUUGGAGGAGUAUGUGAAGCUGGAACAGUUGGGAAUCCCAAGCCAAGUGCUGAAGUAUGAUGAAUACCUGAGAUCCCUGCAGAAACCUUUACAAGUUCCCCAGAAGCCAACGCCCCCACGCCCACCGCUGCCAAACCAGCAGUUUGGAGUCUCGCUCCAGCAUCUCAGGGAGAAGAACCCUGAUCAGUCUCCUGUUCCUCUGGUGGUCAGAGACACUAUUGCUCAUUUGCAGGAGCACGCUCUUGCUACAGAGGGAAUUUUCCGGAGAUCAGCAAAUACACAGGUUGUCAAGGAGGUCCAGCAAAAAUACAACAUGGGUGUGCCUGUAGAUUUCCAGCAGUAUGAAGAUGUCCAUCUCCCUGCUGUGAUUCUCAAGACUUUCUUGAGGGAGCUACCUGAGCCCCUCCUCACUUUUGGCCUCUACAGCCAUGUUGUCAGCUUCCAGAGUGUGGAGGAGGUGAAUCGUGUGGAUGUUGUUCGCAGAACACUCCAGACUUUGCCAGAAGAAAACUACCAAGUGCUUCGUUUACUGACGGCCUUCCUGGUGCAGGUCUCUGCUCACAGUGACAGAAACAAGAUGACAAAUGCCAACCUGGCAGUUGUGUUUGGCCCCAAUCUGCUGUGGGCCAAAGACGUAGCCAUCACUCUAAAAGCCAUCAACCCCAUCAAUACCUUUACCAAAUUCCUGCUGGACCACCAGAAGGAGCUGUUUGAGGAUACGGAGGCCUGAAUCCAGGCCAGCCCACACCAGCACACUGUGCCCACCUUCCCCCUUCUUUGUCUUGGAGCUGUGACCAAGCUGUCUCCAGUUCAAAGGGACCACUGAUUCUCUGGGUGAUGAGCAGAGCGAGGGCUGUGGAGAUGGUGGUGAGAGUGUGCAAGUAAGUGUGCAGGAGACCUGCAGCUCCGAUGAGCAGGGGAGCUGGUCUCCCAGCUGCUGAGAGUGGAGUCCUGACCCACCUGUGCAGCUCCUCCAGGGCUCAUCACCAGUCUGCUGCCCUAUCAGAUGACCUGCCUUCCUUUCUUCCUUCCCUUACAUGCAGUUUUUCUGCCCUCCUGCUCCCUUCCUCAGCAAAGGUUUUUUUUGUUAAGCUCCCCAUAGCCCCAGCUCACCUCCCCUGCCUCAGCUGGGCUGUCUGGGCUAGGGCAGGUUUGCUGGGUUUUGUGACAGAGACAUUCUUACUGCGAGUGCCAUCUCUCAGCACUGAAUGUGCAUCCUGCCUUUCACCAGAGGCACCUACAGCAGGGAAGGGAGCCAGCAGUCCUUGUGCUUCAGGUAGCAGCACGUCCUGCACUUGCAAACGCCACUCUAUACCCCCAGCUUUUGGCAGGCAAGUGAAGGACAGGUUCACAGCAAUGGGCUUUAUUACCUGUCAGACUCCAAAACAAUGAAGGUGAAUUUAGCCCAAAGCCCAACCUCUCUGGGGUCACUCACUCCAGAUGCUAUUCAGUGUUUGCUGGGGUGUAGUGGAUAACAUGCCUCCCACAGUUACCCAGCUCAGGCACGUUUGUCCCUCCAGCAGCAAUUCCAUCCUGGCUGUGUGGAGGUGCUGGCUGGGGCCCUUGGACAGCUGGCGAGUCAGAAUGGCAGGCAGCAAGUGCCCUGCUGGCCUGUCCUGGCAGCAGCACAAGGCCUCUUCUCCCUCUGCUUUGUGUGUCUGUGCUGACUGGCACGGACCACCUUGAGAUGUCUUUCUGAGCAGAAGUUUCCCCAGCAUAGUGUAACAGAGAGCAUGGCCUUGAGGGAAGGUCUAGGGACUGGGGCCAAGCCUCACCCUGGAGUGCACCAGGCCUGGAUUACGAAUUUCUACCCAGGUGCUGAGCACUCACGUGCCAAAGCUGUGAGGGAACAGCUGUUCCAUGCCAAGGGCCUUUGCCCCAUCUCCUCAAUUCAUACCUUCCAUCCUAUCAUAAAAGUCUGGUCAGAUGCAUCCUGUAUGCCCUUGGCACAGCUGGAGAGAUUGGGUAGCCCACGAGGCAGGCUGAGUGGGGUGGUCCUGGUGCCAUCCCAGAGCAGCUGCAAUACUGUUACGGCAUCGCUGUUGGUUUUGGGUUGCAGCAUUGCUGUUACUUGACCUAAAAGAGAUCCCUCUCCUUAGCCUGGGUCUGAGGGUUUUAGGAGGGAGCUUCUAGCCUUACUUCACUGGUGUGAUGUAUCUUUAUAUCUUGUGCCCUGCAUGCCUGGGCCAGCCCUCCCUGCUGCAUCUGGCCUCAGGGACAAAUAUUUUGGACCAAGCAGAACCGGUUUUUAAAAAGCUACUGGAUGCUAAGCAGAAUUUCCUUUUUCAUAAUAUUUUAGCCUGCUUAUAAACACUGACCAAAGGUUGGUGACCCUGUUGUAAUCAAAAUAAGUGACAUCUGUCACAGGAAUUAAGAAGAUUGGUCUUUUUGCUAAGCUCUGGAAUGGGAAUGGGUGCAAACAUAGGCAGCUCUGCGAGGCAGCACAGCUGUCUUGGAGGAGGCACACCAGCAUGUGGGUGGGAACAGUGAGCAAGAAACUGAGCAUUACUAAGACUAGAACAAGAUGUUCUAGGAUAGGACUGGAUCUGAUCUGUUAAAGAUAGUGGGAGAUUUUGCCCUAUGGAUGCUACAAGGCUGCUGAGUCUCCCUUUUCCAAGAGUAGGAGCCUUCCUUGUUUGGCCAGGAUAUGAAUUGUUUCAUCCUGAACAAUUCACAGCAGUAACCAAAUAAAUGUUUUGGAGGUAGAGAUAAUCUGCUCCACCUGUGGUCUCUCCUACAGUAAAUUGGCAGGGCUGACCUGCUGUGGAGGAGUAAUCUCUUGGGGUGGACAGUGUGGAGAGAGGUGUACUUGCCCCACCAGUGUUUAAGGGGCAAGGCCGCGCAGGCUGAAGGAGCCCAGUGCAGCCCCUCUUUCCCUGCAGGCACCCUGCUCUGUGUAGGCUUUGGUAUGGGGAGAGGGAGAUUUGGUGCUCUGACUGUGCUGGCAGCUGAUGCUGGCCUCCCCUCCACCUCCCUAUGGGAAAGGCAAACCCAACAAACUUCCCCUGCAACCAACAAGCCCAAGCUCAGCAACUUGGAAUCAAAGUGCCUGUGUGCUGGGGCAUAAGGCCUUGGCCCUAUGAGCUACCUGGGGAACGCGUCACGUUCUAGCCCUGCGGAGUAGCAAGGACCGGUCCCUGCCUAGUAGCCAGGGGAGCAGUCUUGGAGUAGCUCCUGCCCAGAGGGAGAGCAGGGAUUGCUGCGUCUGAGUUCUGGCUGGAGUUUGGUGGUUUAUUUUGGGGUUUUUUGGAAUUUUUUUUUUUUAGUGAAUUCUUGAAAUAACAUUUCCUUUUUUAGCAAAACAGAGACUGGUGCAUCCCCUGCAGGCAGGGAUAAAAGCCUGCUCCAGUUCAGUGCCUGCAGGGAGCAGACUGGAGAGUGUUCAGGGAACUGCUACUGCUCAUGGUGGGAAAGUGCUUGCAAAUCCUGGAAGGGACACAGUGUAAAUAUCCCCUUUCCUCUGCUGCUCCUUGUGCUGGAGUUGCUGAGGGCUCUGGAGCAGGCACAGUAACCAGAGUUGCUUUUGCUUCUGCAAUCUGUUCUCCUGAAUGCCUUGUAUUGAAACAUCCCUCCUGUGACUUGAGCAAGGAACUGGCCUGGGCCUGCCUACAGCCUGUGCUGGGUGGGUGGUCACCAGAGCCUGCACCUGCCAAGGCCAGAGGGUUAAAUUCCUUCCCAGUUACCUGGUCAGCCUCCUCAGCAGGCAGGGUGCUGGCUGGGCUGGGCUUCUCUGCCUUGUAUAGGUGGGAGGCAGUGUCUGAGUAGCUGCUGGUCUGUGUUGGUUUUCUCCUUGCUGUAAGCUGCCCGAGGGUCUCUUCCCUGGCUCUUUCAGGUUAGCAGUUAGCUAUUUCUCCCUGUGGGGGUACUUGUUCUGCAUCGACCUUCUGCUUUUAGCACCUAGAACACUCCUCUUUGCUAAGCCUCCUGCUGUCUUAAUGGCCUCUGAUCACUCCUUGGCCCAAGCUUAUGUAUUGACAUCAGAGCUUGUUGGUGGUGCAGGGGGUUAGGGGCCGUCUGGAUGCCUUGUGGCAAUGUUUGCUAACUUGAGAGGGAGCUGAGGGCCAGUUUGGUCCCAGUUUCUUCUUUUAUGCACGGGGGCUCCCGUGCAAAAUUUUUGGCUUUGCUUUUGUUGCUGAUGUUCCCUGCCUUCUUUUUUUGUUGAUGUUCGUCAGGUGCAAGCCUGGGGUUUUCACGGUUCACACUGUUUAUUUUCUUCUAAUCUGCACCAAUCUUAUAUUUCACAGUUUGCACUUUUUGUAUUUCAAUAAAAAUCAAAAUGUAA